CCGCUGGCUUCCUUCCUCAGAUAUCAAGAAUGUACUUGGAUUCUUCACAGCGUCCGAGACAACUUAAGGGAGAACCAUUCGAAGACUCAAGGUCAUCAUGCUGGCUCACAGUCAUGCCUGGAUUUCCUGUGUAAUGUUUGCAUGUCACAUCACACUACAGGUGUUGAGUCAAGGCUCAAACCGGUUGAAGCUGACCGUCUUGUCAGAAGACAGAUUGCAGAUGAAAUGGAAAGAAACAGAGGGAAACACAAAUGGAUACAAAGUUCGUGUGAAGCCCAUGGCAGGUGAUUCUGAACAGGAAGUGAUGUUGAAAACCAAGACAGCUAAAGUGACAGUGGGGGGACUGAGUCCCACAAAAGAGUACACCCUACAAAUAUACAUCUUGAAUGGUUCUCAGGAGGCCCUCUUUGUCAAGAGGAAAUUUGUGAUUGAAGAACUGAAGAACCUCUCCCAAGCGAGAAGUAACAGAAGACACCCAACAAGUGCCCCAGAAAAAACAGAGAUGUCACCGGAGAGCACAACGCCUCCAUAUAUCCUGGAAACAUUUGACACUUCACCAGCUGUCAGUGAAGUGUCGACUUUGAUAAACAUAGGAAGGGAUGAACUGGACAAGAAGAAGCAAAAACCAGCUGUUUCCAAAGGGUUCAGUGAGCGUAUGUUGAGCCCAGCACCAACAUUGAUCCCAGCCACCUUGACAACUAUGAUACCGACUUUACCAAGCCAAAUAGAAUACUACUUGGCCCUAGAGAAAACAACCAGAGAAAGCUUAAGGAGAGGUUUGACCCAGUCAGCCAGUGACCCAUUCACAGAAUGGAACCUGAUAACAUACUCCCCCGGGAUUGAGGUCAGAGGCUCUAGGAGCUUUGCGUUACAAGGGAGGGCAACACAUUCACAGGGAGUUGUUCAAGAUGAUGAACCUAUCUUAGGGGCCAAGGUACAGCAAUUUGGAAAAUUCUUAAGUCUGGAAUAA